AUGGCUACGGGAAGUGGGGGUGCUGGGGAUGCUGAAGCACCCAAACAUUUUUCUAGGGGGUGCUGCGUAACAGUAAAGCAUGCAAUUUCAUGGCGCCCUCAUCUGGAAACGGUCCCUUUUAAAGAAUCUGGAUGCCUGCCAAAUAGAAGGGUUGUAUUUAUCAAGACACACAAAACUGGUUCGACGACCACCGCGGCAAUUUUUGAAAGAUUUGGUUUCAGGCGAAACCUGAGCUUCGCUAUGGAUAGUAAACUACAUUUCUUCCCUCCCACGAAACUAUUUAAUCAUUCUAUGGCUUUCGAAGUUCCUCAUAGAAAUCGUCAGGACUUCGAUUUGCUGGUGAACCACGCUCGAUUCGAUAAGAAGGAAAUGGCUAUUGCAGUCCCGAACGCAAAGUAUAUAUCUAUCAUUCGAAAUCCAGUUAACCAACUCGAAUCCGCAUUCGGAUACUUCGAAAUGGGCAAACAACUCCAGAUCAAAACUAAGCAGCCAUUCAUUACCUUCAUUAUGAAUCCAAUGAAGUAUCUCCGCGAAAAGUCAUAUAUGGGUUGGUUACUAAGAAAUGGACAGUUGUUCGCUCUCGGCCUGGAUACUAAAUACCAUGAAAACCUGACUGUCGUAAGUAAUAAAAUUAACCAGUUAUCAACUGAAAUCCAUCUAAUAAUGCUGAACGAGUACUACGACGAAUCUAUGAUUCUUCUCAAGAAGUUGAUGUGUUGGGAUUUCGAAGAUGUUCUUUACACAAAGCUUGGGAUUCGAAGCAAAUCGCAUCGAAAUUCUAUCAAUAAAACUGUUGAGGCCAAAAUCAAAGAAUGGAAUGCCGCCGACGUAAUGUUGUACGAUCACUUCAAUCGUUCUUUCUGGGGUAAAAUUCGUGCUUACGGCCCUACAUUUUCUGACGAUCUCGCCCAUCUACGGGCCAUGUUGAAAAAUGUGUCCGAUAUGUGCAUAGACCCUGGUAAAAAAUACUUAAAAGAUAAAAGAGUAGAAGAAUUUAUGCUUAAACCAAACUCAUCAAAAUACUGUCAGGAUUUGAUACGUAACGACGUCCAAUAUACGAAGCUCAUAAGAAACGGAAUGGUAAAACGGGCACGGGCACUAAUUUAG